UUUUCUGAGCUAGAAUUUAGUUGUUAAUUCCCCAAUGGUUGUGGGUUGUGCAGGACACCCACUGUCAAUCUUGGAUGGGAUUUUCAUGGCUAUCAAGGAUGAUAUAGACUGCUAUCCUCAUCCAUCAAAGGGUGCAACGACGUGGUUUCAUGAGGUGCGCCCUAUUAAAAAAGAUGCAGUUUCUGUAUCAAGGUUACGUAGCUGUGGUGUUAUUUUUGUUGGAAAGGCAAAUAUGCAUGAAAUGGGUCUAGGAACAACAGGAAAUAAUGCAAACUAUGGGUAAGAUUCCAUGUAGUAGCUAUGUAAACAAAGAGAUAAAUAUGAUUUCAGUGUUCGACAUGCAUGCAUGACAAGGUGACUGCAGAGAUUGUUGAAUGGAGAAAUAAGACUGUUAUAUUCAGCGUAUUACCUGCUGGUAGCGCGUUAGCUUUACAAAGGCUACUUAAUUUAUAACGUAUCUUGCAUCUUAGAAUUAUAUUUGAUUUAUUUAUCUGCUUAAAAUUGCUUUAUACCCCGAUGUUUAAGUCUUUGCAAUGUUCUUAGAAUUAUUUAAAUGGACCCCACAUAACAAUGGUGCUUCAUAUACUGAACAUGUUAGAUUUUUAGUUUGGAGAAAUAUCUCAGCAUAUUGCCUUUUGUUUGCACGUUAUUCUUGGAAAACUUAUAUUAUCAAAUGUCUUGCGUCCAAUUAUUAUUUAUAUGAUUUACUGGUUAUCCACUUUUGCAUAUAUGCUAACCUCAUGAGCCACAUAAGUUAUAACUUAAGUGAUUUUUUUUGACAGAAUAAAUAUAUUGUUUGGACAUAAAUGGCCAAGAUUAUGUUUAUCUUAUAUAAUUUGAACCACGGUUGGCUUAGUUCCUGAUUUUUUGUUUCCAGUUAAAUGAACCUAUUAUUAAUAAAAGUGAUUCAUUGGCUUUAGAUCUUGCUUACAUGAACUUAAAUCGUCUCACAUUAUAGU